CUUUAAGGCAUUCACCUAACACAACAUGCUGUGUUUGCUAUCAAAUAUAUCUCACAUGUGUUUUCAUCAGGUGGCCCUUAAAUAUGUUCUGAAAGAUGAAGAGGAAAUGCACCCUAGGAAGAAAUUGUCCAAGCCCAAGGAAGUCGGACUAUUUGAAAUGGUUAACAAACUAUCAGGUCAUCCCAACAUCUUGAAACUGUACAACUGGUUCGAUAGACCUGCGUCUUAUGUAAUGGCAAUGGAGCGCCCCAACCCCUGCAAGGAUCUGUUCACAUACCGCCAGGAUCAGGGGGGCGUCCUGGAUGAGGACGAGGCGCGCAAUGUUACCAGUCAGCUGCUGGGCGCGCUGCAGCACUGUGAAGACCAAGGAGUGGUGCACCGGGACGUGAAGCCCGAGAACAUCUUGAUCCAGACGGACACCAAGGAAAUCAAACUGAUCGACUUCGGGUGUGGAGACCCGCUGAAGAACACCGCCUACACUGACUUCUCUGGGACCCCCGAAUACUUGCCAAUUGAGUGGUUCCAGAAAGAGAAGUUCCUUGCAGGCCCUGGGACUGUGUGGUCAGUGGGCGUAACCCUGUAUAACCUCGUUUGCGGCGGCGAUCCCUUCACUUCUUACACCAGCAAGGGAAUGCGACAUGUGGAGAUCAGUGCCGGGCUGUCACCAGAAAUCAAGGACUUCAUUUGCUGUUGCCUGAGGCCCCAGGCAAGAGACCGACCCACCCUGGAGCAGCUGCAACUCCACCCCUGGAUCCUGAAACACUUCUAAUACCCAAAAAGACUCGACAAGUACGCUUGCUUCUGCUUUAAGCAGUCCUCAUUCAAAACUCCAUUGGCAUCAAGAGUAGGCAAUUGGUUGAAUUUAUUUAUAUAAAUCAGGAAUGGCAAGCAUGCCUGUUUUACUGGAGGCAUACUACAUUGCAUUCUUUGGGAGUACUUAUUUACAAUAAAAUGGCAUGUUAGU